CGACUAUACAACACAUCUUUUUUUUAAAGUAGGAAACAAAAAUGUUUGAAAUAAUAGAGGUCUUUCAUAAAGAAGACAAUGAACAACUCCGUCACUUGCAAUCCCUAAUAUAUUAAUUUUUUAGUAUUCAUUUCAAGUCUAACUUUGUCUUUUUUUCCUCAAAAAGGUCUGGUUUAAUUUGCAUUAGAUUUAAUUGUAAUUCAGGUUUGUAAUCUUUGUAUUUUACUUGUUCACAGAAUCAAAAUGUCGUCUGCCAAAUGUCGGAUUUUAUGCCUGGAGUUCAUUUUAUUUCAAUGUUGGGGAAUAUAAUUUAGAAAAUUUUUACAAUGUUUGUGGUAACUACGGAGAUCACUUCGAUUCAACAUCUGGGAAGUUCACCGCCCCAUUUAAUGGCUUGUAUUUGAUUAGCAUUAGCGCGCAACUCGAUAACAUGAUUAAAAUCAAAAGUUGUCAACCUGAUGAACAUGAAAGUACAGAAUUGUGUCUAUUCUUAGGGCAUCAAACAAUCACAUUUUGUGCUGAGUUGAAAAAAGGGGAACAGUUUCACAUAACAUUGACAUUGCGGAAAAAACAUAAGGACGCUAUUAUUGUUGAGUUUUCUUGCUGUAUGAUAAAUGGGUAAAAGGAUAUGUUUUUUUUAAAAAUAGUUUGUGUCUAUUUUGACAAAUAUUUGACCGUUACAGACCAAACUUUGCACAUAUUUUAAAUUCCUAAAGGAAAUGCAAUUUAUUUUCAUGUCACUAUAUCCGUUCUUUUAUAAUUCACAAUAGGAACAGUGUGGAAAAUUCGAACAUAGCACUAAUAUAUAUUUUUUUUUAAAGAUAAGGUGUAAAUUGUUUUUCUUUCUUUAAAUCGCUAAGACAUUUAAAUAAAGAACAACUCAAUAUUUUGGUUUCCUUUUUUUUUCAAAAAAGGCGUUUUUUUGUGUGUUUUUUUUUUUUUUAAUUGUUCCAAAAAUAUUGUUCUUUAAAAUCGCUUCCCAUACACGAAUACAGGCACGAACUUCGAAUGUAUUUAAAUGAGAAUUGUUACCCUUUACAAGUAGGCAUAUUUCAAGUAGCAAAGGUGUUGAUUAAACGUAACAUGAUAGUUGGAAAAUAUCUUUGCACAGUUUCGAUCAGAAUAUUUAGAGGAAGUCGUUGUGGGGCAAAUGCGCUUGCCUUAAAAGAACGAACUAAAUUUUGACAAUGCGAUGGAUUAUAGGAAAUUGUAUAUUGAAAUUAAAAGAUUAUUGAUAUUUAGCUUUCCUUUUUGAAAAAAAAAACUAUAUAUUUUGCUUUCCACCUUAUACUCAUGCAAAUAUAUUUUAAAAAUAAUAAAUUAUAAAAACAAAAUUUUCACCUGAAAGAAAUUCAUUAAACUUAGUAUGUAAAGUGUCAUUGUUACAGAAAACGUAACAAAAUAAAUGGAUGAAAUAUUAAAUUUUGCCCGCCUAUGUUUUGUUACUUUUAUUCCCCACGUGAUGUUACAAAAUAUGUUCAGCAGCAAAUGAUUCUUAGCACUGCCGUAUAUAUCAUCGAAGAGGCAAUUUUUAAUUGAUCUGAAGCAAGUUAAAGCAGUUUGAAACUUCAACUGAAUAUUGGGAAAUUUAUAAUUCAUCCUUAUGAGAUUUCCCUCAGAUAAAAUCACACAUUAAUAAAUAUAUUAUGCCUUUUGUAACAUCUCAUGUUUUCUUAACAUAACUGUAUCGUUCUUAUACGAUUCAUGAAAUUAACCAGCUUUGAAAACUCAUAACAGUGUAUAGACCUUUCACCAAACAUUUUUUUUUUUUGUUACUCUGAUAAUCUGCAAUUCCUUGCUGGUUCGUAUUCUCCAUCCAUAUUCAUCUUUUGUUGGUCCAUAUAUUUUCCGGAGAACUUUUCUCUCCCAAGUCCAAGUAUAUUUCCCACACACAUUCCCAUACACAUAAUUCACAUAAGUGAUAUUUUUUUUGUAUGACACAAACAAUUCAAACACAGCUGUAACUUGAAUUUUGAGGCCAUAUGUCACACUUCAGUUUUGUCCCCCACCUUGUAUUCAAUUUGACAAUUUAAAAAAAAAAUACUAUGUCCAUAUUACAUUAUUAAGCUCCUAAAAUAUCUGAGGCCACGUAGCAAUAAAAAUAACACCUAUCGCAUAUAGCUUUGGCAACGUACUCGCUUGAUGAACCUAUGGACGAUUUGUGCCUUUAACGCACUCUCACAGUUAGGUCAUCACCGAUUUAAUCAGGCCGAUACGUCGGUGUACCACUGAAAGUUUUCAUUUUUUAAAUUCCACAGUGAGUAUGAACUUGUUGUGGUCCUUCAUUUCGGCACACGCUAACCUAAAGUUUUCCAUUCCUGGAUCAGUUCUGUGAGGCUACAUUUUGCCUGGAGGCGUGAAAAGAUAACGUUUUGCAGUAUGGAUUAUUUAAUCAUUUUUAAAUAUUUGUUGUCUCAAAAAUAAAAACCAUAAUAUGUUUUAAUAUAAAUUUCAUGUUUUUAAAAGGUUCUUUUUAAAAAUGCGCCUAAUAAAAGCAGGCAAAAGUAAAUGCAACUCUAAAGUGAACAACCGUAUUUUCUGAUAGAGGUCGUCAUGGAAAUUUUCCUGAUAAACUAAAUGGUGAAUAAUUAAAAUAAAAUUGUUAACCCCUAGUAACUAUAAUAUAGGCGCAGGUCAAAUGUAGAUGACGUAACGUUAGCUCUCAGCGUUUAUUGCGAGUCCCAAAUCUAAAUUUAUAUGACUUUUGGAAUGUUUUUUUUUUACAAGUCUGUACAUCCUUAAUAGCAGCACUGAUUGUAAGGGCUUUACGACACAUAAUUAUUCAAUAAUUUUAACUCUCAAAAGUGGGCAGGAGGGAUAGGGGCUGCUGGCUGUCCUAUUAGUUUGGGCCACAUUUUGAAAGGGAUUAUUUAAAUAUUGAACCUAGUUGUAAUCUUUAAUAGUAUUGUUUCCAAACCUCUGGCGCUUCUAAGUCCACGGAGUAAUAGGGAGAAUUUCAAAGGGGUGUUAGGGAAAAACAGCCUUGGGGACCAGAUUGCUAGAAGUCACCUCCCUAAUUGGAAAGCACACAUCGGCACCCAAAAGUUAAAAGAGUAGCCGAACGUUAUAAGUACAAGCCGAAUUCAUAAUUUUACUGAGCUGAAUUGUCUUAGUUUUUUCCCCGCUUUGUUUUAUAUUAUUGUAUUCCAACAACUUCUUUCUGAUUUUUGUUUUGGUUGGAAACGUGCCCAUUCUUAUUCAUUUCCUCUAUUUUUAGGUAGCCUAUAGGUAGGAUAUACAAAUAUUAUCAUAAUAUAUUAUGUUAUUUAUAAUUAUCAUACAAUUAUUAUUAUUCCAACCAAAAGUAAUUUAGCUUUGUGUGGAGAGAUAGGCCAACUUAAUGAAGUUUUUUUUUUAAAUGGAAUUUCCCGAUUUUCACUUUAUUUACUAGUGAUGAAUGUGAUUGUGUGUUUUACUACUGCUAGUGAUAAUGAUGAUAGUGUAUCAUUCAUUGUCAUUGUGUGACUUGCUUCUACUGUCUUAUGACAACUUAAUUAAUUUUGACGUAGGCCUAGGUAGAAAAAAAAAUUAUUUAAUUUUUUAUAUGAAACACUUAUCUUUCCUUUAAUCUAAUUCUAACUUCAGUGAAGUUUCAACUCAUUAUUCAGUAAGAAUUGAAAUUAUUUUAAAUCUUAAUGAAUAAUGCGUUGAAACUUUACUGAAGUUAGCUUUAAGGAAAGAUAAGUGUUUCAUAUAAAAAAUUAAAAAAAUUUUGUUCCAUCUUUGAAAAUAUUAAUUGCUGAUAUAAAUAUUAAUAUAACACUCGCUAUUUUAUACAAACUUUUUGGGCUUAAUAUAUUAAUUUAAUUAAUAGUCAAUUAGUACGACUGUGCCCACAAUAUCAAUAUAUUUAAACUUUAAAUAACUCUAAAAUUAUAUAUUUUGAGCAAUAUGACAAGCAAGAAAGAAAAAACCCAGAGAUUUGUAAAAUUCAUCCAUCAACAACUUGAGGUACUCAAAGAAGAGAGAGAUACAGUUAAAAUGGCUGCAGAUGAUUGUAUCAAUCAGGUACUACUAUUUAUAACAACAUUUCUUAUCAAAAAGAUUCAAAGUACUCAACCUUUUGUAUUUGUAUUGCUAUAGUUUUUCUUAUGUUAUCAUUUUAGUUAUCAAGAUUUAGAAGCACCUCACAAUAUCUUUAAAAAAAAUUUCCAUACAAUUAGGUACAAAAUGAAGUAGAUGCUUGGGUUAGUGGAGGAAAAGUAAAUAAGGCAACGUGUGAAGAGAUUUCAAUCAGGAUUCAACAAGCUACAACUUUUUUUUAUUGAGAAGUCUGAGGAUCUUUCAAGUAUGUGGUUUUUUUUAUCAACAACAAAAUUUCAAAAUCCUUAUAACUUACUUUAUUAAAUAUGAUGUAAACAUAAGUGUCUUAACUAUGCAAACUUAAAUUAAAGUUAAAAAUUUUAAAUCUAACUUGUUGUAAUAAUGUACCAAGGUUCUAAUAUAGUUUUUCUUAUAACCAAUGCUUUAAUUAAUUUUCUCAUCAAUAUUUGUAAAAUAAACCUUUUCAUUAUAUUGUUCUAAAAGCAAAUUUUCUUUAAAUACUUUUUUAUGUAGUUAAUUUUUUUUAUAUAUAACAUUAUGUUCAUGUUUUAAUCAAAUAUCUUAUCUCAAGGUCUACAGAAGAAAAUAUCGGGUAAUGAGCAGAAGCAAAAUUCAUUAUCAAACACACUUGAUUCUACUAGCAAUACAGUAGACAAACUGGAUACAGAAAAUUCAGAUAUGAUGAUUAGGAGAAAAGAAGUUCCAAACGAAGCAAAUGAAAAAACAAGUAAUGCAACAGUUAAAAUAUUAUUAUCUCUAAUUAAAACAUUACAUAUGGUAGUUAUCCCAACUCCAAGUACCAUUUAUCUUUAUAUUAUGUCACACAUAGGCCUAUCUGAUGCUGCAUUCACACUAACUAUGGCAUUUUGUGUGAUAGAGAAGGUGAUCUCAUCUAAAAUAAACCACUACCUAUUAAAGCUUAUUAGGCCUAUAUAUUAUGUGAAUUUGAAAAAAAAUUAUUUUCAUGUCCCAGUAAGACAUCAUUGAUUCUACAAACUCCCCUUUUUUUAUUCAGCUACUUUUCAUUGCAAAGUGCUUAUGAUGAAAAACAUAAUUUUUUUUUAAUCAUUUAAAAUAUCAAAAUUAUUUUAAUGAAAAACACUGAAAGGUUUAAGAUAACUACAGUUGGCAUUAGUAGAUGAGAUAAAAGUCUUUAUUCAUCCAAAUCAAUGGAAAUGUGUUUUGAUUACAUUGCAAAUAUUCAAAUAAUCUCCUUGAGUGACAAGAAUAACUUUAUUAGUGAUCAUUUACAUUUGGUAACCACUGGGGGAGUAUGCUGGUAAAUUCAUACCGACUGAGGAAAUAUAGAAUUUUAUAAAUAAGUUGAUGGGAUGCAUCAUCCAAAACAUGUUUAUUUUUACAACAGCAUUUUUUUUUUCUUUAAAUAUUUCCUUACAUGGAUUCCAACACCAGCAAAUAAUAUUGAACCUAAGAAGGCUUCAAUUUGUUCAACUGUAGAAUAUGUUAAUACCGGUUACAUGUUUAUUUUCACCAAAAUUGUAAAGAACAAAAUUUUUAAAAAGUUGUUGACUUUUUUGUAUGGUAUAGAAUUUAACAGUGUUCAUGCCAUACCAGCUUAUUAUUAAUGGUUACACCUAGGUACUUAUAUGUCUCUACUUGGUCUAUACUGUGAUUAUUUAUUGUUAGAUCUGCAAGCGACAACAAUUUAUUUUGAUUUUGUUACAUUCAACUGAAGAAAAUGUUAAUUGCACCAGCUGAUAAAGCUUGUAGCUAAUUACAGUAAAAGCGUUCCUCUUCAGAUUAUAAGCCAAUGAUGGUGGUAUCAUCAGCAUAACGCCAACUAUUUUUUCCCCCAAAUUUAACACACAGUGUUUCAGUCAAUAUGAGCCUUAAGCUUACACUCAUAUGAAAUUAGGUACUCUUAUUUACUUACAGGUGUUGCAGAAGGAAUUGAUACUUCUCAUAAUUUGAUUAUGAGAUUUGCCAUAUUAGAGGAAGCUGUAUUCUCACUUAAAAAGACAACAGAACAAGUUAAAAAAAAACAAGAAAAUGUCGAUAAAAUAUUAAAAGAUGUCUCAGCAGAGCAAGAAAAUAUCAACGCAAAUUUGAAAAUUAUAACAAAACAAAUUUGAAUGCUAAGAAAAAAAUCCUAAAAGAAGUUCAAGAUCUUGAGAAAAAAAGCAAAGAAAUUUCUUCAAAUGUUAAUGAUUUGUUUGAAACUUUAACAAAUGUUGAUGUCAAGUUAAACAGAUUAGAAGAUAAAAAUAAAUCUAUCAAUGUCUCAGUGAAUGAACUCAAUGAACAGGUCAGCUGUGUUAGAACUUGUAGCAGUGACGCCCUUAUGUCUAUACAAGAUUUGUCAAAGAGAGGCGAGAGUACAAAUCAACAUUAUAAUGAAAUGUCUAAUAAAAUGAAUCAACUGGAAAUCUCCAUUAAUCUCAUGUCAUCUCAGUACACAGAACAAUUUGAAAAUAUGAGUAGUCUCAAUAAGGAUAAAGUUGAUGAUUUGGUAAGACUUGGAAUCCUUGUUUUAUCUAUCUUUUUUUCUAAAUCUUGCAGAUGUUAAUUGUGUAAAGUAAUAAUCAAUAUCUUUAUGCAGGUAAUCAAGAACAUAUUUAAUCUAAAACGUUUCUAUCAUUAAGCUCUAUAUGACUUACUGCAAAGUAGACGGAAAUAUACACAUUUAAAUUCUUUGGAAAGCAAUUUGCCUUUUGAGCAGAAGGCUUUUAACUUUAAAGACAAGCUAAAAGCGUUUGAUAGAAAUUUAGACACAUUGGAAGAUUUGGCAAAAGAAUGAGCAUCGCCUCAUUCCUCUUUACACACGGCUCCUUACGAAAUUAAGCCAACCUAAAAAGCAGCUGCAUAGCACACACACACACACAAACAAGUCAGAAAAGUUAACUCUGUACCUGGAAAUACCCAUCUAUUCCUUGCACUUUAUGUACAAGGACAUUUCAUGCAAAUAUGGGUCUCGUCAUCAAUCAGUGCAUCCACCGAUACGAUCAGACUCAUUAGGAAUCCAAUGAUUAAAAUGGUCUUGAUCAAUUUUGACGGAACAAAUACAUAACUAUUAUUAUAAAUUUACUAAUUUGAUAAAUUUUUACAUUUAAGGCAAUGUAAAGUUCAUUGACUUUGUUGGAGAUUUAAUACAAUUUGCAUGUUUUUCAGAUUGGUGUGGUUUGUCAUCUUGUCGCUAAAAGAUUGAAUCCAAUUGAAAACUUAAGAGACGCUCUGAACAAGAUUUCCACUACAAAAAUUCCACUAUUGUUACAGGUAAUUUUAUAAUAUGUUGAAAUUUAAACUUUUGGAUUUGAUCAACAGUACAUUAGCUAACAUUAAAGACAGUCUGAUAUAAAUGUUUAAUUGUUAAUUAAGCCCCAAAAAAUACUUUAUAAUAUGUGGUUUUUAAAUAACAUAAAAAAACAUAUAUCAUGUGAUUCAACACUUUCUAUUUCUCUUUUAAAAUUAUAAAAUUUCAUUUUUUGCCCCAAUAAACUUGUUAACAGAUUUGAAGGUUCAAAAGAAGCGCACCAGAUUUUUCAAACAAAUGUUUGCUCCUUUUAAAUACAUUAUUGUAUAAUAGUCUUUAGAAAUAUUUUGUGUUACAGCUAUUUGUUUAACAAAUUGAAGGCAAAGGAAUAAAAAGAUAUUUCAUUUAAAUGACAAAAAGAUGCCCUUCUUUCAAUAUAUCUAUUGUGCUGAUUCAUAAUAACCAACAAAUUUGUCUGUCAUAUACAAAAUGUAUUGACCAAAAACAUAGCAACAGUAUCUAAAUAUAUCUCUGACACAAAAAACUCACUAACUAAACAAACCAAGCUUUUCAAUAUAAACGAAAAUUCUCACGUAACAAGCCAUUAACAGAAUUGUAUGAUAGAUUAAAUAGAAGACCAGGCUUUACAUAAUCAGUUGUCGAAGUCUUUUUUUUUUUCCAUUCAAAAUUAAAAAUUUUUUUGUCUCAAUUUUUAUUAAAUUCAUUUGUAUCUAAAUACAUCAUUUAUAGAUGGAAAGAAUUGAAAGCCAGUUUAUGGAUUUAUCUAACAAAACAGUUCGAAUUGGUAAGUUAAUUUUUUUUUAAUUUUUUAAUGUAAAUUUAGCUCAGCAAUAAAAUUGCUUACAUCGUUAAUUAUUCAAAAUAUUGAUUGCCUUAGAGCUAAAUUUUGUUUAAUAGCAAAUAGGUGGGAAUAAAUUGGUUAUUUUUAUAUUACUUUGAACCAGAAUGUAUGAUACCAGUAAAAAUAAAAAUUAAGUCAUAGCUGGUGAAAAAAAAAUAAAUAAAUUUCAAUGACAUUUAAUUUUUUUAAAGACUUAACAAAUUGUUGAUGAAUUAAAACACUUCAUAUUUUUUGAGAUGAAGAAAUUUGAUGUCUAUUGAACUGUCUUGAUUAAACAUUUAGGUCAGAAUUCCAAAUAUAAAUUUUCAGUUCAUGCAGAAUUUAGCAGCAUAUACAAACAUAAGGUUUAGUAAUUUAUUUUUUUAAAAAAACAUUUAAAAAUAGUAUUCUUCAAAUGGUAGGAAAGUCAUAAAAUGUUAUGAAUUGAUAAUUGGGAACUGUCAGUGUCCUAUUAUGAGGGUGCCAAUCGAUAAUAUUGAAAUCAAGUAAGGAUAAGCAGCUUUUAUUGUAAAUGUAUAUAAGUUCAGUAAGAACAAGACAAACAAGAUUAAGUGGUGUCUCAGUUAGAUCGUUCAUUCACCAAGAAUCAGAAACAAAAAUGGAAUUUCUCUAGUCUGUGAUUGCAAUUAGUUAUAUGUGGUUCAAAUGAAAGGAUUUUAACUUUACUGAUUAUCAACUAUAAUUUUUCACAAAUUAUUGAAGAAUUUAAUGUCAAUGGAUCUUAAAAAGUCUCCUCGCAGGCUAGUCAUGAAAGAUAAUUUAUUUAUUAUUUUGACAACAAAUCACACUUUGUUGGUUCUUUCAGAUUUUUUUUUUUAAAUUAGAGAUUCAUUUUUAAUAUUUCCUUUUGACAAGUAGAUUAUAACUUUAAGCAGAUGGCAUACAAAUGAUCUGAAAAAUCAUUUGCAUAAAUUAUUUUAAAUAUGUGCAGUUGGGUAUCUGGCUUUCUAUGUGGUGAUGUAGGCCUAUGUUAAAAACAAGUCAUUGCAUACAAAUAGGCUUUUUGUGGCCUGAAAUUCAAACCCAAUCAAUUUAAAAAUAUAAAAAAAUAUUUUAAUUUUUUUUAGAAAGCAAUUUUGACAUUUUUAAUGAAUGAGCCUUUUUCAGCCCCAAAAGAUGGCUCACAUAAGUAAAUGAAAAGACAAUGUACAAACUUAUCCUGCCUUGCAGAUUAAAAAUAAAUAUUGUUAAAGGAUAAGGGAGUCAACUCCAACCGAUAAAUCCAGAUUUGAAGUCAUAUAUGUUGGUGAUUUGCAGUCCACAAAUUUCCAGAACAGUCCAUUUCAAACCUAUAUUGACAUUUUGAUGUAACAUGGUUUUUACCAGCGGCAUGGAGAGUUAGUAAAAGCUGUCUGUAAAAAAAAAAAAUAAUAAUUGCGGAAAAUUCAUAGGUUUGGGAAUCAAGUCAUGUCUCAACCUAGAUUCCCAAUUACCACAUCAUUUAAAGAUUAUGAAAAAGACAACAAAAUUAGAUUUUAUUGAAAACAUUUGUAUUUGAAUUAUUUCAGAUUAUUUUUGAUUAACCUUUGUAAUAUUUUAAUUUUACUUGUUCACAGAAUCAAAAUGUCGUCUUCCAAAUGUCGGAUUCUAUGCAUGGGGCAAUUUUGAUCUCAAAGUUGGGAAAUAUAUUUUAAAAAACUUUACCAACGUUAAUGGUAACUUUGGACAUCACUUUAAUUCAAUAUCUGGGCAAUUUACCAUACCAUUUAAUGGCUUAUAUUUGAUUAGCAUUAGUUCGAUCCUUGAUGACGAUAAUAGGAUUGACAUUAAAAGUCAUAACAAAAGCAGUUGUCAACUUGAUAAAGAUCUAAACAGAGGUUUAUGCUUUUUUUAUGGAAGCGGAACAAUCACAUUUUGUGCUGAGCUUAAAGUAGGGGAACAGGUCUUCAUAAAAGUGAAUAUAAAGAAAAAAAAUAUUGAAACAGCUAUUGAUUUUUCUUGGUGCAUGGUCAAUGGAUAUUAAAAAAAAAAAUUGUUGAAAUAAUCUUAAAAAAUGCCAGCGUUUUGCACUGGCUCUGGUUGUAAGAUCAUAAGAAAUGUUGACAGGGACAUGAAUCAUAGCAAAGAAAUUAUAACUUGUAAAUACUGAAGCCUUGAUGAAAUUAGAUUGAAAUUAAACAACUAGAAUUUCUGAUUUUGGUCCACCCCAGGUAGUUUAUUUCCCUGGUACCCUCCAUAUCUGGUGGGCUUUCCCCUAUCCACCACCUGGUGAUGGGCUUGAUGGGCCGAUGGGAGAUCAGUAUCCCCGCACGAGCUAGAAUUGUUCAGGUUAAUUUUUUUUAAAAAUACUUUACAUUUUGUUCCCACCUUAUGGAUUUUUCAGUGUUGCAAUUUAAAACAAAAAAAGAAUAAAUUACAUAAAUAAAAUGAAUUUAAUUAGUGGGCCUUCUUUGUAUGUCCUCACUGCCCCAACUGUCAAAACCAGGCUACACCACUGAUUAGAUAAAACGUAUUUGACUUUAUGAUAAAGAUCUCAGUAGCCGAUGGGCGUACAGACUAAAAUUACUAAAAACGCAAAAUAUCUGGUCGAAAAAUAAGUAGAGUGUAAUAUAGUUGACUAUUUUUUUACGUUUUAAUAAACUACAAUCCAUAUUACGGAAUUUUCCUGGUUUUAAUUUAAUAAAACGCAUCAUGUUAAGUAUCAUUGUUAAAGCAAUAAAUGUCUUUAGAAAAUUUGAUGAAAUGUUUUUGGCUACCUAUGGUUUUUCGUUGUCUUUUUUUUCAUCGUAUAUUACAAUACUUUUUCAACAAUAUAUGAUUGUUAUCGUUGCUGUACAUUCACAUUAAAGAAUUACAUAUAUUUUUUGCUGGGUUAAUCAGGCUUGUUGAAAUAAAUAACUUGCAAUCACUUUCUUCUGUUGUUUUAAAAUGUUCAAUAGCUACAUUCAUGUUCAGUGCUACGCAUGUGGUAAACAGAGUGAAUAACAAUAGCCCUUAUGAUUUAA